AUGAAGACUGAUCUGAAAUUAUUAUUAGAAUGUCUGAAAUUUCAAAUGGAUAAUCCUGAAUUACAGAAGGACACUGUGGCUGCUAUCCGUUCCAUUUGCCAGAGUAACAGUGAUGCAUGUAAUUGCUUCAGAGAAAUCGGUGGUUUAAUAUUUAUCAUCAGCUUAGCGAAAUGCAGCACUCACUUGAUAUUAAAAGAAGUCUCUUUAUACACUCUUGGAGUCCUCGCAGAGAGUAAUGUAUUUUGCCAGCAAGCUUUGUGCACUCUGGAGCUGUUUGAAGAUGUCAGUACCAUGUUAUCUGAUGACCGAUCCUCUGUCAGUCUAAAAAGGAUGUCAGUUUUCCUUGUUUUGGCCCUGGUUUCUAAUAAUAAGGCCGGUCAAGCCUUUGUUAGGGAAUCAGGAUGCAUUGACUUACUUCUCCUUUUAUUCAGCAGUAGCACGGUCUUAGCAGAGAAGAUGUUGCCGUCCGUGGACAGCGUUGAUCCGCAGUACCAGCUGUGGCUGUCUGUGUGCAGCGCCCUGUGUGCCACUGUUAAUAACCCUCAGAAUGAGGAGAACCAGAAACUGUGCACGUCAGCGUUUCCCCAGUCAGACAAAUGGCUGCGGUAUUCUAUCCAACCUGAGAUAGUCAGACCGGUCUGCUCUCUGAUUGGUCUCUCUGUUGCCAAUAAUCGUUUUUCCCAGGAUUACUUUGUUUCUCUCGGUGGCCUGGAUACAUUGGCCAAUGUUCUCCUGCAGUUGGUGAAUGGUGUGCAGACAGAAAGGUUGGGCUGCAAUUUAGCUGUUGUAGUAUCAAAGACUUUGGAUGCUUGUAUCACAGAAAACCCCAGAGCCGUCCAUCAUUUGUCAAAGUACAGCAUCGUAUCGAGUCUGAUCACCCUGCUGUCCAACAGAAGGCUGGCUCCUGAAGACAGGUUCAGCAUUGUGCUUACUUUAGGCCACUGCACUGAGAACUGUGAGCCCAAUCAAUACGAGCUGCUGAAAAGCAACGGACUUCCCCUCAUGAUUCAAGUGCUGACUGAGUCACAGGAUGACGAGAUCCACAAAGCCGCCACAUUCGUCCUUCAGAACUGCAGACACAUUACUGAAAUGUUGUCUCUCAGUGUAAGUGAACAUUCACCAAAUGUAAAACAGGCUUCUACCUGGAAUGUACCAAAGAACUUUAAUGAUGAAUUUUGGAAAAAAGCAAAAGAAAUUUAUCACAAAUUAGAAUAUCUACAGCAGCAGAAUAAUGAGGAUAUUGCAGACAUUGAGGAGCCAGCAGGAACUAGGGAUAGGAGUCCUACUCAAAUGUGUAAACUGCAGACAGCCAGUGCAAUGUCCAGGUUACCAUUUUUAAACAGCCAUUCAAAGCAACAGAAUGCAAUGACUUUAUGCGCAGACAUAAUCGACAAGGAAAUCAGCAGCAUUCUUGACUCUCAUAUCCCACAGACCCAGCUUCGGUGUUCAGGCUGCCUAGUGACAGGACUUUCCAUGAAUAGCAGGAACUGCAACGACAUCUUGCAGAAAUGCCCCCACUUAUGUGACCGUCACAGAGUGAUUCUACAGACGGAAGAGCGGUAUAAAGGCGAAUUAAGGAAAUUGCUGCGCGGCGCCAGAAUCUCCACGCCUCAUAAUAGUGCAUGUUUGAGGUCUCCAGCUAGGAAGAUGGGUCCCAGCUUUGCGGUGAUGGUGGGUGAUGUGAUGAAUCUAAGGACGCCUGAGCAGACCAAUUCCAAAAGAGGAACUCGCAAAGAUUUCACUAAAAAGGAGAUAACAGAUCUGCUGGACGGAGUGAGGAAGUUUGGACGCCACUGGAAUACUAUUUUGUGGUCGUAUCCAUUUCAGAAAGGUAGAACGAACGUCGAUUUGGCCAAGAAGUACAAACAACUACAGAUGUAG